AUGCCAGAGGUGGCUGUUCUGCUAGAGGCGCUGUCUACACUUCGCCUGGAUGUGGAAGGGCACGAUGGCAACUCGGAGCUCCUAUCGCGCGUUUCCGACGCCGCUGAAGCGUUAGCUGCUUACGUUGCGGACGACAGCGCCGAGACGGCGUUGCUCUCGGAAUUUGAGAGCCUCCACGAAGCGCUCCGACAGAAGCGCGAUGCCGAAUUGCGCGCCGCGAAUGCUUCAGUAGACAAAGCGCAGAAAGAGCUAUCAGAGGCGGAGGAAACACACGCCCGCCUUACUGAGGAAGUAAGCCGUCUGAAGGCUGAAACCGAAGCUGCAAUUGGCGCUGAUGGCGAUGUUAUUGCGGCCAUACACGAGGCGCAAGAGCUGAAGGACGAGCUGCAACAGCUACGCACGGUGGAAGAACAGCUGUCCCUCGAAGUGCAAGGUCUGCAGCACAAGCUGCAAGCGCUCGACGAGGUGGAAAAGCAGCACGCCGCAACACGCGAUGAUAUCGUGAAGAGGGAUAGGCUUUUGUACGAAUUCGUGACAUCGUCGCUGAACAUCACUGUGGUGAACAGAAACGAGUCACAGGUGCAGCUCGCGCUUUUGUCGGAGUCUGAAGAUCGCACAACGCAAACCUGGGACUGCAUGUACGCCAAUUUGGACGAGUGCGGUCCUGAGACGGCGGACCGCUUAUGGGAGGCCAUCGAGAAGACGUUCGAUCCGAAUUCCGUGAAAUCGUCCGGUGACACCGUCUUUGACAUGGUUAGACUCGCUCGCUAG